AUGGCCAAGACUAAGCCUCGAGGCCUUCACAGCAAGAAGGAAGAGCUGCUGAAACAGCUGGAUGAACUGAAGGUGGAGCUGUCCCAGCUGCAUGUCACCAAAGUGACUGGUGGUGUGGUAUCCAAGCUCUCCAAGUGUAGAGAUGCUCGCAAAUCCAUCACCUGUGUUCUCACUGUCAUUAAACAGAUGCAGAAAGAGAACCUCAGGAAAUUCUACAAGGGCAAGAGGUGCAAGCCCCUGGAUCUGCGGCCCAAGAAAACACGUGCCACAUGCCGCUGUCUCAAUAAGUACAAAGAGAACCUGAAGACCAAGACGCAGCAGCUGAAGGAGCAGCUGUACCCACUGUAG